AUGCCCGCUUCAUUCCUCAGGGAAUCAUGGACAGGAAGAAGCGAGAUUUCCGCAACCUCACUCGGCAACAAGUCUGUAGAUGCUUAUCAGCGGGAAUUUCUUGACUUGUCACGUUAUGCUGAAGAAGACAUUGCAACUGAUGCUCGUAAGCAAGAGAAGUUUUGUGAUGGACUUCACCCUGAUAUCAAGCUAGCACUACUCGUUCAUGACCUUGCUGACUUCGCCACCUUAGUGAACAAGGCUAUUCAGCUGCACCUGCACCAAGACAGUCCUAUGCUGCACCUCGUCUGCCUCCUCCACCGCAGAGGCAGCCUCUUCGAGAUGUACCAUCCCAAGCUCCCGCUCCCGAUCCCAAUGAUGGUCUGUGCUUCAGAUGUGGCCGCCCAGGUCACCUUGCCAAAGAGUGCAAUCAGAAAAAGAGUCAGCUGGCUCUGCCUUCAACUGGCCAUAACAAUCAGCCCCAUAACAACAAUGCGAGACCUUAUGGUUGUGCCAGAUUUGAACCUCCGUCAGAAGCGAUGGAUGGAAGCUAUUGCUGACUACAACUGCGGUAUAUCCUAUACCCCUGGCAAGGCUAAUGUAAUGGCUGAUGCCCUGAGCCGCAAGCCUUAUUGCAACAAUCACAUGGUUUUCAAAGCUCAACCCCGCCUUUAUGAAGAGCUGUGCAAGCUGAACCUCCAACUAGUUCCACAGGGUUCUCUAAAUAACCUUGUCCUGGAACCAACUCUGCUGAAAGCAAUUAAGUCUGCUCAAGCCAAAGAUGCUCACAUGGAUUUGAUGAAAAAGGAUCUUGCCUUAGAGAAAUCCAGAGAUUUCUCACUUGGUGAAGAUGGAACCUUGUACUUCAGAGAUCGCAUUGUAGUACCCCGGUUCGAGCUUAUGACAGAGAAGUGGGAUAAGAUUCAGAUGGACUUCGUCACUGGCCUUCCCAAGUCUCAGAAAGAAACUGGGGAACGGACGCUCAUUGGUCCAGACAUUAUUCAACAAGCUGAAGAGCAGGUCCGCAUUGUCCGGGAUAAUCUCAAGGCGGCGCAGUCCCGCCAGAAGAGCAAUUAUGAUCAUAAACAUUGGGGUUCAACUUAA